GAUAUAAAGCUGACAGCAUUAAAGUUGCUGAUGGCAGCCAUCACAUUGGCAACUAUAUGGAACCGUUAAUUUUUCAUAAUCCCUCAUAGGCGACCUAGACAAUUAAGUGUAGUUUCAUACAACAUACUGCAGAUUACGCAAAUAAACAGUCUUAGAAAUACAUUUAAUAUUUUUGGACCUACUCGUCUCUCGCAAACUGAGUUGUCCGGGAUGUGGAGUUACUUUCUCACCUGUGUGCUCGUCUUGGCCAAAGAUGCUGUUGCGCUUAGCAAGGUGUUUGGCGAGGUGGAGCCGGUGCGGAUGACGUCCGAGGGCUCGGACUGCCGCUGCCGCUGUGUGAUGCGGCCGCUGGCUGUGGAGGCAUGCGCGCGCCUGCGCGAAGGUGGCAGUGGCCGGCCGGAGGAUUACUACGCCGUGGAGACGGUCAGCUCGGGCACCGACUGCAAGUGCUCGUGCACGGCGCCGCCGUCUGCACUCAACCCCUGCGAGAACGAGUGGCGGACGGAGAAGCUCAAGAGGCAGGCGCCAGAGCUGCUCAAGCUACACUCUAUGGUGGACCUCCUUGAGGGAACUUUGUACAGUAUGGAUCUACUGAAGGUCCAUGCAUACAUGAAUAAAGUUGUGGCCCAGAUGAACACCCUGGAGGAGACCAUCAAGACCAACCUGAGUCGAGAGAAUGACUUUGUGAGGGACAGCAUAGUGACUCUGAGCAACCAGCUGAAGCGAUAUGAGAACUACUCUGACAUCAUGACCAGCGUCAAAAAAGAGAUUUCCAACCUGGGUCUACAGCUGCUGCAGAAAGAUGCUGCCCCUGAUAACAAAGCACAGAACACAGAGACAAAGAAAGCCAAGGAGACAGUGAAAUCCCCCAACAAGAAAAGCCCAGGCUCCAAACCACCUCCCAAGGCCCCCAAAGAGAAGCCGGCCAAGGCCAAGAAAGAGCCCCUGAAACCAGGCAAGCCAGGCAAGCCUGACCCCACAGCCAAGACCAAGACGCUGGGCCACCAGGGUGGAGUGAUCCGGGGCAUCACCUACUACAAGGCAGCCAGGACGGAGGGCUCUGUGCCCAGCUCUGGGGGGAAGGGAGACCGAGAAAACUCUGCCAAAACUCACACAGUCCACCACAUAGAAGGCAAGGACGGUUCCAAAGUUGUCCUGGAGACCGUUGAAGCCAUGUCCUCCACAGCUGCGCCAACAACAACAACAGCAACAGCAACAACAACAACAACAACAACAUCAGCCACAACCACCAGAAGCCCCACCACCAGUAUGAUCACCACAACAACCACCUCAGAACGUCCACAGAUGGACAUUAUCACCCUCCCCACCACCACUGCCACGCCCAACUCCACUGGUGACCCACUGAUUCCAGGGAUACCUGUCCCUACAGCCACAUUAGAGCCAGACAGCAGGGAUGGUGGAGAUCGAGGCUUCUCUCACAGAUCAGAAAAGACAUCAGAGUGUGAGGGCACCAUAAAGUCCAUAGAGCUGCCAGAGAAACAUCACAGCUAUGGGCGGAACGAAGGGGCCUGGAUGAAGGACCCGGUUGCCAAGGAUUCCAAGAUCUAUGUAACCAACUAUUACUAUGGCAACAACUUGGUGGAGUUCCGGAACUUGGAAAACUUCAAGCAAGGGCGCUGGAGCAACCUCUUUAAGUUGCCUUACAACUGGAUUGGCACGGGUCACGUGGUCUACGAUGGUGCCUUCUACUACAACCGCGCCUUCACCAAGAACAUCAUCAAGUACGACAUGAGGGCACGCUAUGUGGCGGCCUGGACGCUCCUCCACGACGCCGUCUACGAGGACACCACGCCCUGGAAGUGGCGCGGCCACUCCGACAUCGACUUCGCCGUGGACGAGAGCGGCCUGUGGGUCAUCUACCCGGCGCUGGACUACGAGUACGGCAGCCAGCACGAGGUCAUCGUGGUCAGUCGGCUGGACCCAGGGGACCUGAGCACGCGCAAGGAGACCACGUACCGCACGGGCCUGCGCCGCAACUCCUACGGCAACUGCUUCCUGGUGUGCGGCGUGCUGUACGCGGUGGACGCCUACAACCAGCGGGAGGGCGAGGUGGCCUACGCCUACGACACGCACACGGGCACGGAGGCGGCGCCACGGCUGCCCUUCACCAACCUCUACGCCUUCACCACACAGGUGGACUACAACCCUAAGGAGAAGGUGCUCUACGCCUGGGACAACGGACACCAGCUCACCUACACCCUCAACUUUGUCGAACAGUGAGGGGAAGCACGAGGCUUCUUCGCAAACAUCAGCUGUUUGUUUGCGGUGCUGUUUCAUUGGCAGGAAAUGACAUACAGGGACUUCCUGAACCCUUACAUGGAACUUUUGGUGGUGAAAAAGUCCUGACAAAGUCCUGAAAUCAUUACUGUAUUAUAUUAUGUAAAAUAUUGCAUGAUUACCUACCAAACAUACUGUACGUCCAUGGAGACUUUUUUUGCCUACCAAACAUACUGUACGUCGUAUGGAGAGUUUUAUUGGAAUAAAAUGGAAGUGAAAGAUUCUCUGUGGGCAUGUAAAUGGGAGCUCAUGGACAUGCCCCCAGAGUGUAGCGCUGUAGCU